AUGAACCCUCACACCUCUGCCCCACCCCUCUCAAACCCAUACCCACCUCACUCCAACUCAUCUCCUGUCUACGGAGGCACCCACCAACCCCCCUACCAGAACUCUGCUCCUCAGCAGUCAUGGGGGGCCCAGCCGCAGUACGGCUCCCUCCCCAGCACUUACAUGAACCCGCCCCCUCCCUAUCACGCGCAGCCCGCGUUCGCCACCCAGCCUCCGGUUCCACAGACCAUGCUUAGGUCGUCGCUGACCAAAUUUAAUCAACGCGUUCGCGUCUGUCUUACCACGAACGUCUGGGCGGCGGGCGUCAUUCUCAGCGCGCUCCAAUUUUGCCAACAGAUUUUCGGCUUGGGUUACCUUGUGGAGUACAUCGCGCCCGACACCAACAUGCGCACCACUGGGGAGUUUCCGCCUUCUUCUCUGAGCCCUUAG